CAGCCCGGCCGGAUAAAGUACAGGAAAAUCAUCAGGAUUGAAGCUGGUAAUGUGAAAUUCUUGAAGACUUGUGCUGUGAGGAGCCAGGGUCCGAACAAACAGCUCAACUGAUGAUUUUCGUACGCAAAAAAACAAUGGUCUUGUCCACAUCAAAGGCAUCGGCAUCAGAUUUCCCACCUCGUGCAAUGAGGCUGAUCAAUUCAUAUCAACUGGAUGUUGGAGUUCAAGAGUAGAAGGACCAAAAGAGAUUGAGGGUUAAACAGGUCAUUCCGCUUUUAUUAUAAUUGCGAUUCCCUUUGCAAUAACGCGGUUGCCCCUCGCAGUCGCAGCUCUUCGCCACCAAUUCACCGCCAUACCUCCUCCCCCAACUUCACGCCUCUUUCAGACGCGCACAUACAUCAAAACCCACACGCUAUGACUACAACCAUGGGUCCGCCGCCGCCUCCGAAAGAUUCCACCGCUGAGCCAUCGACGUGCGAAGCAACAAAAUCUACCGCGAUGGCCCCCCCUCCUCCUAGAAACCUCAAAUCUUCAGAGUCCGGACACGAACCUGAGUCAUCCGAGAACCUGCCGAACGAACCCGAUUUAAACCCUCCCCGUACUCAUACUUCUGAGAAUUUGAACCGGCUUCCCGAUUCCACCAACAACUCCACCAACGGUACCUCAGCUGAUGCUGAAAAGAAACAGGAGCAGCGGAAUAAUAAUGCGGCGGUGCCUUACACGAUUCCUGCGUGGAGCGCUCCCCCUGGCCAUCAGUUCGUCCUCGAAGUCCUCAAAGAUGGGGCCAUCAUUGAUCAAUUUGAUGUGAAUAAGAAGGGAGCUUACAUGUUUGGCCGCGUGGAUCUUUGUGAUUUUGUGCUCGAGCAUCCUACCAUUUCCCGGUUUCAUGCUGUUCUUCAGUUUAAGAGCAAUGGAGGUGCAUAUCUCUAUGAUCUUGGCAGUACACAUGGGACAUUUAUAAACAAGAAUCAGGUAAAUAAGAGGGUUUAUGUGGAUUUGCAUGUGGGCGAUGUCAUCCGGUUUGGCCACUCGACCAGGUUGUACAUAUUUCAGGGACCAUCUGACUUGAUGCCACCAGAAGCUGAUUUGAAGAGUUUAAGAAAAGCAAAAAUCAGACAAGAGAUGCAAGACAUGGAAGCGUCACUUCUGCGAGCAAAACUAGAAGCAUCACGUGCGGAUGGGAUUUCCUGGGGCAUGCGCGAAGAUGCUGUUGAGGACACUGAGGAUGAAGUUGAUGAAAUAACUUGGCAAACUUACAAGGGGCAGCUUACAGAGAAGCAGGAAAAAACUCGAGAUAAAGUUAUCAAGAGACUCGAAAAGAUUGCUCACAUGAAGAAAGAGAUUGAUGCAAUUCGGGCGAAGGAUAUUGCUCAAGGUGGAUUGACACAAGGACAACAAACUCAGAUUGCUCGAAAUGAGCAAAGGAUAUCACAGAUAAUGGAAGAGCUUGAGAAUUUGGAAGAGACUCUGAAUGAAAGUAUUCGGGAAAGUAUAGGUGCACGAGCUGGAAAGUCGUCUCGUGGUAAGAAGAAAGGCAAUGUGGAAGACGAAGAAGAAGAUUAUUUGAGCAGUGAUGAGGAUGAGUUCUAUGAUCGUACACAGAAGCCAUCAAAACACAAGAGUGGUGAGAACCAAUCAAUAGAAACAGCAGAUUCACUUCUUGAUAAGAAGGACACCCUUGUUAAACAGAUAGAGGACAAGGAAAAAUUACUUCUGAAUGAGGAUAGACCAACUGAGACAAAUGCGGUUACUGAAACUGGAGAUGCACUUGAUGCAUACAUGUCCACAGUUUCAUCUCAGCUAGUUUUGGAUAAUAAGGAAAAGCUUCGUAAAGAGCUGUCUACACUUCAAUCGGAGUUGGAUAGGAUUCUUUACUUGCUGAGAAUAGCCGAUCCAACAGGAGAAGCAGCUAAAAAAAGAGUAUCCAAAGAACAAAAGCCUAAAGCAAUUGGCAAGGAAAAUCCUGUUUCAGAUGCAGGUGGUCCCCGGAAACGAGAAAAGCACACAGUUGGCCCAUCGUCAGAGAAUGGUGAAAUUUUUGGACGAGAAGUUAAAUCCAGUGAAGAAAAAGCGUCAGUUGAGGCAAAAUCAGAAUCUGAUGUGAACAGAGAAGAACCAGAGUCAGUAGCUGAUGAGAGUACAGCUACUGUGUUCACUGUUCCCAAGCCUCAAUGGCUCGGUGCUGUGGGUGACACGAAGAAGCAAGAAAUCACACAAGAACUGCCAGCAGAGCAGGAACAGGAGCAGUUCGUUGACUACAAAGAUAGGGGAAAAAUUCUGAACAAAACAGAUUCUUCACUUGGUGAUCAGGGAAUAGAAGCUGCAGCCCCUGGUCUAAUAAUAAGGAAGCGGAAGGAAGUUGAGAAGUCCGAGGUCAGCGAAGUCAAAGAAUCUAAACAGACAGUUGGAUCUGAGUUUAAGGCAGAAGAUGCUAUAGCCUUGUUGUUGAAACAUUCAAGAGGAUACCAUGCUUCAGACGAGGAAGAUAGACCUGUCAGUGAAGAAGUGCUACUCGAGAAUGAAGGAAGGAAGGAUGGAAAAAGGCCUAAAAGGGUGUUGGGUCCUGAGAGAUCAUCAUUUCUCAGUGAACCAGAUUACAGUUCUUGGGUGCCCCCUGAAGGUCAAUCAGGUGAUGGACGCACCACACUGAAUGAUCGUUUUGGUUACUGAUGUAAAUGCGGGGUUUAAUCAUCUUAAGUGGCACUUGAAAUGCCUAUACAGGAGCAGCAUUUGGCUAAGGCUGACUAUAUGUUUAUUCUUAUGAUGUUUUAGCUGUCACUAGCCCAGCCCUGCAUUAAAUGAUUAGGAUGCUUUGUGGGAGAUUUUCCGUGAAGAUUGAGCAAUAAGCUCAUUUCCUGUAACUCUAACUGUGAAAUCCCGAUUUAGGUCAUAGGUUCGCCUUCGCCAGGUGAAACUGAUGUACAGAUCCGUUAGGCAUGGUUGAAAUUGACUAAGUUAUCAAUCAUGAGUAACGGCCAAUGCCAAUGGAUUUUAAGUUGUCAUAUUGCUCAUCAUAUUGCAAAGUCGUACUCGACAUUAAGUUUUGCU